AUGGCAUUCACGGGCUACAUGUUUGAAUCUCAGCAAGACAUUUCGUCAGUGUUGAGCAAGGAAGCUGACACUGUCGCAUGGGGGAAAGGGAUUUCUCAGAGACUAAAUUGUUGUGUUCAAGUCGGUCUGCCUCGUAAAAUUGGUGAGAAUCUGUACAAUUCGAUAUGUUUUGUGCAGCCUGAUGUUGGGACUGUGGUGUUUUAUGAUAAACACUUCUUGUACGAGCAGGAUGAAUACUGGGCAACGGAGGGAAAAGGAUUCAAAUCAAUGCCAAUUCAAUCGCUCGAACAAAAGCGUGUAGGCUUUGGAAUAUGUAUGGACGUAAAUCCCAAGAAAUUCGAAGCACCUUGGGACGCGUACGAAUUUGCGAACUUUAUGGCUUCCGAAAAUGCACAACUUCUGUCUCUAUCUAUGGCAUGGUUGUACUCGCCACGGCAGGAUGAAUAUGCCCUAGCUCGAUACUGGGUGUCUAGGCUUCAGCCAUUGACUGGGAAGUGUGUAAUAGUAGCAGUUGCGAAUAGGUGUGGAGUUGAGAAGGGUACCAAAUUUGCGGGAAACUCUUGUAUCAUGAAGUUCGAGAAUGGAACAGCAAACUUGUUGGACAUUCUGGAUGAGACAAGUGAAGGGCUGUUGAUUUGUGAUUGUUGA